AUGAAGGGUCUAGUGACGAUGAUGCAGCAUUUGCUCCAGGGUCAGCAAAUCCAAGGGAAAGCGUUGAAUCAGGUCACCGCAGACAUCAACUCCAGAAUGAAUCACAUGUUCAAUGACCUGAGUACCAAAUACGACUAUGUAGCUAGCCAUAUGUGUCAGAUGGACGUUCAGAUUGCGCAGACAGACGAGAGCGUAAAGAGACAUCAACGAACUCUCCCGGGAAACAAAAAUAAGAAUCCUAAAGAAUGCAAUGCAGUUGCACUAAGGAGUGGGAGAACACUCCCAGAUGCGGUCCCUAAGAAACUAUCGGCAGCAGAAAAAGGAAAGCAAAAGGAGGUUGAGAACCCACAAUCCGAAGCUGUUCCUCUGUCUGACGAGGAUACGGAACAGCCUGACGAGGAUACGGAACAGCCUGCUGAGACUGAUCCAACCCCUGCCGCUACACCUGUCGAGCAUGUUCCCUCGCGCGAAUACACCCCUAAGGUUCCAUACCCUGUUCCAGCAAAGCCAUCUCGCAAGGAUCGGGAAGAGACAAAGUGUAAGAAGAUGUUAGAGGAUCUAACUAUCAAGUUACCUCUGAUUGAUGCGAUCCAGAUGAUACCUUCUAUGCGCAGUUUGAUGAAAGAUUUGAUCUCCGGCAAGAUAACUGGAGACAGUGAGCUAUUGUUGGUUUCAAAGGAGUGCAGUGCGGUACUUCAGAACAGGCCGAUUAAGAAAUUGGGCGAUCCAGGCAAGUUUGUUCUCUUGACACAGAUUGGGAAAACAGUAUUCGCUUGCUCUAUUUGUGACUUGGGUUCCAGUGUCAACCUCAUGCCUUACUCCGUGGCAAAACGAUUGGGAUUCACAGACUUCAAACCAACAAGAAUCUCCCUGGUGUUCGCGGACAUAUCAUUCAAGUCACCGGUUGAGGUUGACGAAGAACCAAGAGAUCCCCUCAUCCUGGGUCGUCCUUUCUUGUGCACGGCUGGUGCGAUUAUUGAUGUUCGACAAGGGAGGAUUGAUCUUCACCUAGGGGACAUCGCGAUGAAGUUCGAGAUGAACAAACUGCUGAAGAAACCAAUGAUAGACGCACAUACCUACACAGUUGAAGGCGAAGAUCAGACGCUAUCCCCUCAAGAAGGAAUGAUUGAGGAAAUCUUGAUCGAUGACCCACUCGAACUGGCUCUAACCUGA